CUCCUCACAUACACAUAGACAAGAGCGCAAACCUUUCACCAUGGAAGCUUGCCAGAACACACUGUCAUCCCUUGUCUUCCUCGGGGUUUUGCUGCUGCUCUCAUGCAGUUCGAGCAGCGCAGCACGGCGCCUAGAGGAGGCCGUGCCUAAGGAGGAGCACUCACCACAUCCCAUGGUGCUGGAGCUGCCAAAGCCCGAACUCCCACCACACCCUGCUGUGCCCGAGCUGCCGAAGCCUGAACUACCUCACCCUGUCGUCCCAAAGGAGCCGGAAGUACCGCCCCACGCCAGGGUGUUCUCUCCAGCUCCGCCCCUGGCCCACGCAGUACCAGAGAUGCCAAAGGUGCCCGAAGUGCCACACCCUGCUGUGCUGGAGCUACCGAAGCCCGAGCUGCCGCCACACCCUACCAUGCCCGAGCUUCCCAAACCUGAGCUACCUCAUCCAGUUGUCCCUGUGGUGCCAAAGGAGCAUGAAGUCCCACACCCUGUCGUACCAGAGGCACCAAAGGAGCACGAAGUGCCCCAUCCUGCCGUGCCUGAGCUGCCAAAGCCAGAAAUUCCCCAUCCUACCGUGCCCGAGCUGCCAAAGAUGUCGGAAUUGCCGCACCCCACCAUGCCGGAGUCUCCAAAGCACGAACUGCCACCAUUCCCCAAAGCCGAGCUUCCCCCGAAGCCUGAGUUCCACCUUCCAGAGCCAGAGACCAAGCCAUGAUCGGACUACCUACAUCAUCGGCGAGCUAUCUAAGUUUUAUAUGUAUACCAGAUGCAUGUGUGUGUGAUUGUUAUGUAAAAGUGUGUACUAGCUGUACAUGUCGUUAGCCUGCGGUCGAGUUCGUGAGACGAGCUAGCUCUGUCAUUACCAAGGAGCGUUAUGUAUUGAG